CAUCAUCAUCAUCAUCAUCAUUCAUCAGUGCAUUGCGGCUGUCACAAAAUGUCAAAGCACAUAAGUGAAAAAUGUAAUAAACAGACAGUUUUUGAAGUAAUUAGAUGUUUUCGUGUCACAAACAGCAUCUUUUUUUUAGAUCGGAGUAAUAAGUUAAUCAGAGAUCCUUUAACAAUACAUCAGGUAUCUAAAAAUAGCUUCCUGCCUGCCUGGUGCUCUGGUCUGUAUUUACAGCAGGAAGUGAACCUCUGCUCUGAGACACAUCCAUGUGGACGGGGUUGGGUGAAACACACAGCCCUCCCACUCACACAGGAAGUAAAACUGAGCAACAACUGAAAGGCAGCAAAACAUCUGCCAGCUGCAGUUUUACACUCAGAGGACAAAGUUUCUGCUUCAAACAAGAAAAUGGCUGCCCCCCGAGUCUUUCUCUCUCUCGCCGCUGAUGACUCAUCCAACAUCUGCCCUGAACGAUGCUCCCUGCCAGCGCUCCAAAUGGAACAACGCCUUCCAGACGUUCAUCAGACGCCACCUCCCCUCCGGAGCGCCCAACUCUCUGAAUCCCGACGAGUGGAGGAAGUACAUCCAGAGCGUGGGGAAGUGCGACAGGCCCACGCAGUCCUUCCUGCACCCGGAGGACCUGGACCGGGUGAAGGCGGUGUGCUCCAGCAGCGGGGGGAAGGUGUACCGCAACAACCUGUGCAUCAGCCGGCAGCCCUUCACGUUCGUCACCGUGAGGAGCGUUCACGGCACCUGUGGGAUCAAGAACGUCACGAAGGAAACCAAACACCUGAUCCUGGCCUGCGAGCUGUUGGAGGAUCAGUGCGUGCCGGUCCACUUUGAAGGAAACCCUAAAAACCAGAAGCCUGAAAACAACGCCUACAGCUGCCAGGACCCGGAUAAACGAAACCAGGCUGUUAGCUGCAGGAUGACCUGGUUCUGCUUGUUUCUUCUUCUGUGUUUUGUUUACGGCUUUUGACUCUUUUUUUAAAACAAUACCCAAGAUUUAAACAAGACUAACGUUCUGUUCUGAGGACAUGCUCUCCGGUCAGUCGUGAUAUUUUACGCGUAUUUUUAAAACAGUAUUCGAUCACAAGUGUUUGAUCAUUUCAUUUCAUAGGAAAUGUUUUUUUACUCGAGUUUUAGUAUUUAUAUUAUAUGCAUGUAUUUUCAGUCCAUGUUGAAGUUUGAUAGUAAUAGUGCAUGAACUUUCAAAUGAAAAACAUAAAUGUUUUACAUAAGCA